AUGGCGUCCUCAACGUCAACUGCUACAGGUGAACGAUUGAUAAGCUGUGCUCUCUACGGCGAUGUGGAUACUUUUACCGAUUUGGUAAGGAAUGGCGUCGAUGUGACCUACAGAACUAAAGGUGGCACGUCUGUUUUACACUCUGCGGCGAUGGGUACAGAUAAGAAAAUGAUGUUUUAUCUUUUCGAAAACCACCCUUCCUGUAUUGAAUGUGGAAAACGCAACGACAAAAAGAAAGGUUUUAACGCCUUACAUUACUGGUGCAAAAACAAUGGUGAUAUUUCAGUCUUCGAUCUCUUCACAAAGGCAGGUUUUGACUUUACAAGAAAAACCGCUGGUGGCCAAACACCAUUGGAUCUGGUAAAGGGAAGAGGAGAUCAUUACGUUCAGUACAUAGAAAACAUCUUGAAAGGGAAGGUUGUGGACGAACCGUUGGUUUGGACCGAUUUACACCAAAGUGUUGUUGACAAUGAUCAAUAUACAUGCUUAAGCCUCAGUGAAAACAACAUAAAAGACGUUAUGACGCGAGCGAGUAGCAAAAAUAGAGCGAUACCUCAAACGAUCCAGAAAUAUCUCCCGCCAAAAGUGACGCCGAUGGAACUAGCAUUGUUUUAUGAAAACGAUGGGAUUCUACAGAUACUGACUAGCUACACAGACAAUGACGUCAUUGAACGUUGUCUUAAGAUGAAUAGACAUAAAACCAAUAGUAUAUUGGAAGGCAUCAAAAAGAAGCUGAGUAUGCAAUACAAGGGCGAUUAUGUUGUGCGAGGGACGUUACGUGACAUGACAGUGUUUGUCGUCUUCAGUACCAAAAAGACACACAGAACAGAGACAAGUAUCGCAGGAUAUCGGGUUCUAUUUUACAAUUUGCGUUAUACAGAGAAAGGCGGUUGGGAUGAGGGAAGAGCAGUGCUGCAUUACUGUCACAGCCACAAUUAUGUAUUAUCGGAUGCCGAUAAAAUUCGCGUAGACAAGGCCAUAGAACAGGAAAAUGAAACACUGUGGAACAACCACUCCAAUAUCAGAGGUAUAUUAUCUUCGCCCGUGAAGUACCAGAAAGGACAGUUUCUGUUAACACCUUGUGUGGUUAUUGUUUGCAGUUUUAAAUCGUUUAUCCCAAACGGAGAGUCUAAUUUUCCAUCUAAAAUCUAUGUUAAAGGUGAAAGUGUCCCAGUCGAUGUGGAUGUUCGGGAAGGCUUUUUUAAGUUAGUGGUUAAUAAUCCUAUAGGGAAACACGUACCAUUGAAAAUGGGAGGCAACAUCGGAACUAAUGACGGAACAACGCGGCAUGGAACUAUUGGACCACUUGUUGAAUACAUGGACAGACUUUGCUUCAUUACAUGUGCACACGUCAUGUACUCUGAAGAAGAGUGCUGGCAACCAAGAAAUACUCACCAAGCUGGGGUACUGUGUCAACGCUCUGGGUUGCAUAGUCAACGUUCAACUGAACGUUUGGCAUUUCAGCCUGUAAAGGAAUCAGAAGGCGAUCUAGAGUGCGGACGAGUUGUGUGUUGGGAUUAUGCAUUAGAAAGACGAACAUCGAUUGACAUUGCAAUUGUCGAAAUCACCGAUCAGACCAGACUUCCAACAUCUGGUGGAUUCACUGUGUAUGACCAAGAGGAGCUAGACAGAAUUGGAUAUGCAACUGAGGAACCGACCUUUGACUCGGGAAAGACGGGACGCCCAACACCUACUUCCGACGAGGAAACACAGCCAGCACCUACGUCCAUUUGCGCCAAACCAGAUACAUCAGACACUGAUGGAGCCCUGAACAACACAUUUGACACUUCAAAUGAUAUAAUCAUCUUCGGAAGUAUGUCAGGAGCUACAAGUGGUAAAUACAGGAACAGUACGUCCACCCGAUUUACUCAGAAAAUGUAUGGGAAGACAAAAGCUAGUGAAAGGUAUUGUGGUAUGCUGUAUAUAGAAAACAGUCAAUGCGGUGAAACUCAUUGUAAACUCAAACCACUUGCUGUUCGUGGUGAUUCCGGUGCAGGAGUGUUCCAGAGAAAGAGUGACAAUUCCCUUGAAUGUAUUGGUGUCCUUGUAGCUGUAGACAAUACUGAUUCUGCUUUAGUUAUUCCAGUAGGUUCAAUUCAGAAACAUUUCCAAAUCAAUUUUAAAAAGUUUCAAUGUUCGUCAUAA